AAGAAAAAUUAGCCAAAGAGGCUUACAAUGAAGCAUUUAGAGAAAAUUUUGUCGAUUUAAUUAAACAGUUUCACGAAGCCCGCGAGCAAUACGAAGCAUUAAGCGAAGAAGAAAAAGAAUUUUACAAUAAAAGAGAUGAAUUACACCAGCAAUUGGAAGAAAAACAGUUUAAAUUAGUCAAUUAUCAGAUUAGAAUUCAAGAACUCAUUGAUAAUCCAGACGAGAAAGCCCAAGAGUUCGCUAGUUGGAGUUUGGAAUUAACGGAAAAUCUACUCUUGGCAAUGUUUUUGAACAAAAAUGAUAAUUUUGAGGAAGUUUUUAAGGAAAGUGAUGCUAGUAUCAGCGAAACCAAGCAUAUUCAAACCGAGAAGUUCGCCCUUGUUUUAAGUAGAGAUGGCACUCAACAAAUUAAUUAUCUA